AUGCCGUCGAAUCUCCUGCUGAUCCAAGCCCCCAUCGUGUGCGCCUGGUUCUUCGUACUGUUUAUGAUUGACCGUAGACGCAAGAAGGGCGGCAUUCCAACGGUCAGGCGUUGGCCAGCAUUGUUCCCAGAGUUUCUCGACCGACUAAGUUACAAUGGAAACGCCGUCGAGCUGGUCAAGAAAGGAUAUCGCAAGUACAAAGACCGUCCGUUCAGGCUGCUCAAGAUGGAUAUGGACCUGGUGGUCAUCCCUUUAAAGUACGCUGCAGAAUUACGCGCUGUCACGAGCGACAAGCUGGACCCCCUGACAGCAAGUUUCGACGACAAUGCUGGGAAUCUCACGGGCAUCUUGCUGGGGAGCGAACUGCAUUCCGACGCCAUCCACCGGCGUCUGACCCCUGGACUUCCACGUAUCAUUCCCGUCGUCGUAGACGAGCUCAAAUUUGCGUUUGACCACGUUUUACCGCAGAGCGGCGAUGCAGGCUCAUGGAUCCCGAUUAACCCGUACGACAUGGUGCUGGAUCUGUCGACUCGUGCUGCGGCUAGAGUCUUUGUUGGUGAGCCGCUCUGCCGAGACGAAAUCUUCCUCCAAACAUCCGCCUCUUUCAGCCGCAACACCUUCAACACAAUCGCCACCUUCCGCAACCUCGGCAACAUUGUUGGCUUUUUUCUCAGACCCAUGGUUUCGAGCGUGACAGAUGCGCGCGAACAGCUAGCCUAUGUGCAGCAGCUCCUUGGCUCCGAAGUGGAGAGAAGACGAGCUUCCCCCGACGAGAAGCACGAAGACUUUCUCCAGUGGUGCAUGGACCUUGCGCGAACCGAAGACGAGUCAAAGCCGGAGGCCAUCGCGCAUCGCACCCUCGGCAUCUUGAGCAUGGCGGUCGUGCACACAACGGCCAUGGCUACCACUCACAUGCUUUUCGACCUCAUCGCCAAUCCUGAACUGCUGAAGGCACUGAAGCAGGAGCAGCAAGACGUCUUGAAUUCAGGCUGGGAUGGAAUCAGCCAGAAAGCGAUGCUUGAUAUGAGACUUCUGGACAGUCUUAUGAGAGAAUCUCAGCGUUUCAACCCAGUUGGUGAAUUCACCUUCAGGCGAAUCGUGAGAAAGCCAAUUACCUUGUCCGAUGGCUACAAGCUGCAGCCAGGGCAACAGAUUGGCGUGUCAGCGAGAAACAUCAACAUGGACGAGAACGUGAUGGGUGUUGCCGAGGCCUUCGAUCCGACUCGAUGGGCGGAUGAAAAGCAGGCAUCCGCAUCGUUUGCUCACAGCAGCUCAACCAAUCUUCACUUUGGGCUCGGUCGAUAUGCCUGCCCAGGACGCUUCUUUGCUUCUUAUAUGAUCAAGGCCGUGGUCAGUCGAAUCCUGCUCGAUUACGAGUUCAAACUUCAAGGUAGCUAUGAGCAUCGUCGUCCUCCAAAUAUUAUCUCAGGCGACAAGAUCCUCCCGAAUCGGGACGCAGUCGUUCUCUUCCGUCGUCGUGGCAUUUAG